AUGGCGGUGAGAAAGAGCAGCAUGUUCACGGCGUGCGUGGCGCUGAUGGCGGUCUGCGCGGUCCUCGUCAUCGCGUCGGGGGUCUGGUUCGGGGUUGCGCAGGAGGGGGAGUGCGCGCAGAGGGCACGUUGGCCCGUGGCAAUCCUUGGCGGGUGCAUCCUCCUAGCGACGCUGGCGGGCUUCGCCGGCGCCUACUCGGACCACGGCCGGGCGCGCUACCUCCUCAGGAUCUACUUCAUCGCCAUCCCGGUGCUCAUCGUCAUCCUCGUGGUGUUCCUCGUCUUCGCCGCCGUCGUCACCGGCGGGUCCGGGGCCUACCCGCUGAUCGGCCGCGCCUACGACGAGUACCGCCUGGAUGGCUUCUCCAUGUGGCUCCGCGGCUACGUCUCCGGCGACCCCGGCGGGUGGGAGGAGAUCAGGUCCUGCCUCGCCGGCUCCGACACCUGCAAGAAGCUCGCGCGCCAGGCCAGCUUCGUCACCGCCGACGAGUUCUACAAGUCCAGCCUCACGCCGCUCCAGUCCGGAUGCUGCAAGCCGCCGUCGGAGUGCGGGUUCCGCUACGUCGGCCCCACGGUGUGGACCAACCCGACGAGCGCCCCCGACCACGAUUGCGGGCUCUGGAGCAACAACCCUGGGCAGCUCUGCUACGAGUGCGAGUCCUGCCGCGCGGGGCUCCUGGCGACCCUGCGUAGCCAGUGGCACAAGGUCAACAUCGCUCUCGUCGUCGCCACUGUCUCGCUGAUCUUCCUAUACGUCGCCGGCUUCAUUGCUUACAAGAAAGCCCGCAAGUGA